AUGGACAAACGAACUUCCGAGAACCUGGAACGGAGGGAUGUUGGAAAAAGACCAAUUACGCGACCGGUCAAAUUGGCCUGCCUCGCUUGUAGACGCUCACGGACACGAUGCGACGGCAAAGAAGUAUGCACAAAUUGCCUAAGAAAGGGCCAAGAAUGUGCGUAUAUCCCCAGUAGACGCGGAGGCGCUCGAACGGGCAGCCAGUACACGCAAAGGGGUAUACAGAAGAACUGUGAGGGAAAACAGACUCGACCACUCGAACAAUACGUUGAACCAGGAGCCGGACUUCGAAAACUUGAGGAUAAUGUCCAGGAUAGCGAUUUUAUUUUUGAUAGCAUCUUUCAACUUGGGGAAGAUGCUAUCAUGUCUGACUUUCAACCAUCUCGGCCUAUGUCACCAAUAGUGCGGGCGUACCAAAGUGACCGUGACAUACUAGAUGCAUACUAUAUCUACAUUCAUCCAUACUUCCCAAUACUUCCUCCUCCAGAAUUAACACCAACGGAUCGUCCCAUUGUCAUUUCUGAAGAUGAACAAUAUUUGAACGAUGCUGAUUACGAGCCUUCUUCGUCUCUCAGUCUCAGCAUUUCAGCGAUACUAUCGCUAAUUCCCUAUCCAAACAACGGUGAUCCCCUUAGCGCAGAUGCUGUUGUAUUUCGCCGGAAGCAUGCGGAAUGUCUGGCUCAGUCAGCGCUGGAAAGCGUCAACAUCGAAACUGAAUUACCGGCGUCCUCGACAUCGCCUGCGCAGGGCCUUUCCGAUGCUCCGGAUGCAUAUUUGCGCACCCCCUUUCACCCACAUGUUCCGGUCGAUUUGGAGAGUGUCAUAGCCCUUUCUAUAUUGAGCGUUUAUGAAUACGCACAACGAGGGAACAUCAGAAGAAUGCGUCAGCGAGCCGGACAGGCCCUCAUGGCAGCCAUGGAUAUGUCCCUGCAUAGUGAACCGGAGAAAUCAGAUGAAUAUACAGAAUCCCGACGCCGAGCUUGGUGGAUGACAUACAUCUGUGUAUGUCAGGGAUCGAUUGUCAGCGUCACUGAACCAACGAUAUCUAUGGAAGAUGCGAGGUUUACUACCCAAUAUCCCACGAUUCGUGCAGAUUUGAAUGUAGGCAUCACUCCGACCGAUUUUCCUUCUUUAGCCGAAUCUUACCGACGCUCUGAAUAUCAGACAUGGCCCUUCUUUAUCGAUACCCAACGAGCUAUCAUGUCCGCAACCAUGGCCGUGAUUGAAUUAGACAAGGCUCUAAAGACUGGGAUAGGUCUACAGUCCAAAUUGGAACGUAACCGCGAGCUUGACAAUGAGAUAAAGUUGCUAGCUACGAAGGCCGACGAAUAUCUUCCGCAACAUCCGGGUACGAGCUUGCUCGAUUUAGAAGAGUCCGUAGUUGCAGACUGCUUGAAAUUGAUCGGACGUAUCAAGGUGAAUAGGUUGGUCGACACUAGCUUUCCUCUUGAGGGGUUGGAAGGCAUCUUUGCUGAUAUAACGCUUUAG